UGGACAUCAGGUCGUAUUGCGCAGCACAUCGCUGUUGCAGUCUCCAUCCUCCAUUCCCCAAGACUUGCAUCACGGUUUGUCCUGCUCUCUCUUUUAUUCUUCCUUCUGUCUCCAGCUCCAUAUAGUGUGGCGAAUCUCAUCUGCUCUCUUGCGCUUCCGACGUCUUCGGGCUCUAUGCGAUACCCGCCCGCUCACCAGUAGCGUGGGAGAAUGAGCACCAGCAUUGUACCUCCUGUAGCAAGCCUCCUCAAAUCAAUUGAGUCAGGCAUAAAACUAGCCAAAAGAACCGCGAGAUUUGCCGAUUCGGCCAGGCAAGAGCAAACGAGAGUGAUACUCGAAUCGUCUCCGACUUUGCAAUCAAUUCUACAAGCAAACGCGAAGGCAAUCAUUGAUGCUUACGCGGAAAGUUCGGAGAUCUGUGGUCAGGAGUUCUUUUCUAGAGCCUUGUCAGAGGAUCGUAAGUUGCUUCACUCUUCGUCUUGGACCGAUACUAAUAACCCUCGAGAAGUAAUACAGGCCCAAUUUAAAGACUUGCGAAUAAAACUCUUUGAUCGAAUCGAAGGAUGCUGGGAUUUUGACGAGGAAUCAUUCGAGGUUGAUGCGUACACGAAUCUUGGAAAAGAAGUUCAACAAUGUCGCGAAACUUGUGUUCGCAUUUUUUCCACUCUGCGGGAUAAUCAUUUCCAGGCUUCCUUUCAGGGGGUUCAGCAGCCAGCCCAGAGAAGACAUGGUCCUCCCAAACCCGAGAGGAGAGCAUUUCCAUUCUCGCCUGAUGAUAUCGGUCCAUGGAUUGCCGAAAGUUCUUCUCACUCUGGGCCGAACGAUCUCACGCAGCGAGCUUCUUUUGAAGCAUCACCUAUUUCACCGCGCUCGAUAUUAGACGAGACGGACAUCGUUCCGUACAUACCAAAAGAGAUCGUUCAAUCCCGUAUUGCCGAGAAUGAAGCGUUCUUGGAGCGAAGACGCCAAUCGAGAGUACUGUUCCAAAAUGAGCUCAGAAAAUCCGUAGGGUCUCUCGAAACUCGGAAUAGCGAGAUAUCCAUAACAGAUUCACGACUUUCCCGGAGCAGUUCCAGCACAUAUGAUUCGUUAGUUACAAGGAAACGUAUUCAAGGACAAUACUCUCACGCAACUCGGAGUUCAGUCGCUAGUUCUGAUCGCUAUUCAAAAAGUCCAGGAGGCCAAGAACUAUCAUCUCCCAGAAGCCCGCCUGCGAAUCCUGCCGCUGAAAGGCGAACUUCGGAUAAUAUUGGCAGUUGGGGCUCUUCUGGAGUUUCUCUGUCUUCGACUCUUCGGGUUCCUGGAUUCGGCGCUGGCAUUGAACCUGGCCUGGAAGUAUUAACCGCCGUGGGCAGUGAUAACGAGAAAAUGCUGGUAGGGGAAGAUGUAAUCUUUAACCAAUCAAAAUUGCCGGUGUCAAUGAAUACAGCAGGUAGUCCGAUUUCUCAUGAUGCAUCUUUCUUCAGACUUGGUGGUUUCUGCGAGGGAGCAACUUCAACGUUGAGAGGGCAAACUGGAUUCAAAGUAGUCAAAAAGCCUUCGGUGAGUAUUCUGGUUUUUUUUUUCCUUUUUUGAAAAGGAGUAAAGCUGACAAAGACAGCAGGGUAUUUACGGCUCUAUUAACUCUGCUCGAUGUGUGACCUGCUCCUACGAGGUUGCUCUCGAGCUUGUUGAGAAGGACAAAUUACUAAGCCGUAUGUGUAUUAACCUCUCGUUUGAAAAAAUAAAAACAAUUACUAAAUGUACUCAGGUGAUGGAAUAUAUGGAAAUUGUGGGAUUAGAUGGAGACAAAGAUUUCUAUGGAAGAGCCACAUCAAAACAAACUCUAUUGAUGAACCAUUUUAUGCUGUUGGUAAUCCCCGUCCGCCUCAUGAAAUCCUAAUUAUUAGCUGACAAGACAGUGUGUAUUUUGUAUACAAGAAAACAAAACGAUCGAGGAACAUGACGCCACAGUUUUCUUCUCGGUCAAGAAACUAUUCCAACAUCUCGCUAGACAUUCCCGUCCUUUGCCAGAUGUUCCAGGUGUGAUAACCAUCUAUGGUCAUCAAGACCCAAAUAUUGUCGAUUUCGACAUUCAUCUCACAAGUUUUAUACUACUUGCAUCUCAAUUCAGUAUAUCCGACAUUGCUUCCAAGCUUUCCAACAGGCCAGCAGCUCAAUCUACAGCUACCUUUAAUCCAAAAGCACCCACAGGCAAAAACUAUAGAGAUCCAGAUGGGAAUGUGUCUUUACAAUUUGCGGCAGGAGCUCGUAUCGUUGGGAUUACGUACCCAGAUCGAUAUGGUGGCGCUUGGGCAACAGGUUACCAUGACGGAGACAGGGGUAGGCAUGAUAUUUUCUUCAGUUUGACUCUCCAAAGUCUUGAUAAUUGAGAAGACUGUCAUCUUGCACAUCACGCUCAAAGAUGAUCCAGGGAUAAAAGUAUAUGCUAAUGCCUUACAGGUAGUUUCCCGGCCGAUAAAAUCUCCCUACAAAUACCCGGAAAAGACGAGGUACUUAUGAACUCAACGAGCACCCUGAACGCUAUGGCAAAAUGGGAUUUCAAGCCCAAAGAUGCAAAAGAUGGCAGGUGGCUCAAGUUCAGUAAAGGCGACCGGAUUAAUAUGAUCGACUACCGAUUUAUCGAUCAGUGGUGUUGGUCGGGUCAAAACACCAAAGGGAAAUGGGGACUCUUCCCUGCAGCAUUCGUUCGGGAUUUGCAAGAUAGUGCUGGUUCUCUCCCUCAACUGGGUCCUUCUCGAAGCUCCAGCUCAAAGAGUGCGUUCAGUAGUAUCAUGUCUAUGACCCGAAACAAGUCUAGACAUGAACGAAGCGGCAGUGUGAAAAGCACCGGAAGUGGUGGGCCACAAUCGCCUCAGUCAUUAGAGACUGGACGUUUCCAUGGUUGGAAAAGUUGA